UUCCUUCUCUAACAGUAGUUCGCAUGAAAGAUGUACAGACCAAGAUCAAACUAUCUCAAGAGGAGGAAGGGGACAAUAAAUGUGGCUGUUUCGAAGUUAGCGGUGAUCGAGUUCGUUGCAAGUUUGAAGAAAUCGAAUGUCCUAAAGCAUUGCCAAAACCUUGUAUAAACACAACUGCGGUGGAUUGA